AGCAUUUUUGUUUUUACUGGUUGCCCGAAAAGUUCUUGUCAAGCAACCUGGAAAGGUCUCGCACUGCCGUUUUCAUUCAGAGAACAUACCUCAGUGCAGCCAAGCAGGCAGGGGUAGUGCAAUCAUAUCAUACUUGGGCGUGCCCACGAUGGAGCUUAUGACUAUAUAUCACCAUAACAAAAGGGAGCAUUGAGAACCACUUUGUAUGCUAGAAUUCUACGUGCUAACAAAAUACAAAAUAGUGCGGUGGGGGUGUGGAGUCAAUCCAGCUACAAGAAACGAACGUAGUGUUUAGAGAAGCACAGCACUCUGGAGAGGCUCAUGGUUUCACCCUCCAAAGAACCCGCCCCCCGUUCUUAACCAGGUCUCUCUGUAUGGUGAAGGAAAAACACAAGGCUGCUUUCUAAGUUUCGUUUUCCUGAUUUUUCAUUCCGGAGGUGGGUGGAGCUAGCGACACUGCAGCAUCCCUUCAAGAGCCGGAGAGAUUCUGGGAAUCUACCCAUCUCUUCUCUUGAGUUUCGUUUUCUUUGCUUCCUGAGCGAAGCAAGAGCUCAAGUCGAGAAGGCACUGGGACGAGGAGGACUACUAGUACUCGUUAUUCGCUCAGGACCCGAAGGAGAAAUAACCGUACCCAGACGGGUGUAUCAUUUCAGAAUCAGUAAAAAAGAAUCAUUGCCAUUGUGCUCCAUUGACAGGACGCAGCCAAAAGCAGGUUUUGACUAAACACUCUCCUGAAGAAAAGGCUACUCCACUGACGUUGAGGUAGCUUUUUGAGCAAACAGCCCAACUGGGAUUUGGACAUACACCUCUAUCAGUAUCUGAAGAAGCUAAAUUAUGCCAAGCGCACCCAAUCCACCAGACAAUGAGAGUUCUGGACUCAUCUCAGCUCUGGGACAAGGGACGGCUAUAAAUCACCUGGAUGUACGAAAUAAGAAAACAGAAAAUACUUUGUACAACCAGUACGAAGAGAAGAUCCGUCCAUGUAUCGAUCUCAUUGAUUCUCUGAGAGCCCUUGGAGUGGAAAAGGACCUGGCAUUGCCAGCAAUUGCUGUGAUUGGAGAUCAGAGCUCUGGGAAAAGCUCUGUUCUAGAAGCAUUGUCUGGAGUUGCUCUUCCUAGGGGCAGUGGUAUUGUCACCAGGUGUCCCCUAGCACUCAAACUGAAAAAAACACGUCAUGACCAGGAAUGGAAAGGGAAAAUUAGUUACCAAGAUAUAAUUGAGGAACUCCAAAAUCCUUUGGAAGUGGAAAAGGAAAUACGAAAAGCUCAAAACUCAAUGGCUGGUGAAGGAGUGGGCAUUAGCCAAGAAUUAAUUACUUUAGAAAUCUGCUCUCCAGAGGUUGCAGAUUUGACACUGAUAGAUCUACCAGGGAUUGCACGAGUGGCUGUGGGUAAUCAGCCACAAGAUAUUGGAGAUCAGAUCAAAAGGCUGAUUAAAAAAUUCAUUGCUAAGCAAGAGACAAUAAAUUUAGUGGUGGUUCCAAGCAAUGUGGAUAUUGCCACGACAGAAGCAUUGAAAAUGGCUCAGGAGGUGGACCCAGAUGGAGAAAGAACCCUUGGAAUCUUGACAAAACCUGACCUGGUAGACAAAGGAACUGAGGAGGCUGUUGUUGACAUUGUGAGGAACUUGAUCAUCCACCUGAAAAAGGGAUAUAUGAUUGUGAAAUGUCGUGGGCAGCAAGAUAUCCAGGACAACAUGACUCUGGCCUCUGCAAUCCAAAGAGAGAGAGUAUUUUUUGAGGACAGUGCACAUUUUAGUAUCCUUCUGCAGGAAGGAAAAGCCACAGUGCCCUUACUGGCUGAGAAACUUACAAGUGAACUUGUGGAGCACAUUAAUAAAUCGUUGCCAACUUUAGAAGAACAAAUAAACUCUCAUCUCCAAAAAGCAAAUGAGGAGUUGCGCAGAUACGGCAAAGGAGCACCAAAAUCUGACAGCGAGAAGCUGUAUUUCUUAAUAGAUAAAAUCAAAUUGUUCAAUGAAGAUAUCUUAAGUUCUGUACAAGGAGAAGAAAAAUUGUCUAACGAUGAUUCCAGACUGUUCAGCAAAAUUCGUAAAGAAUUUCAGAAUUGGGGCCAAACACUUGAUCAGAGUGCCAAAAAGGUUCAAAAAAUCCUACAUCAGGAGGUGUGGAGAUAUGAACAACAAUAUCGUGGCCGGGAACUUCCUGGGUUUGUCAGCUACAAAACAUUUGAGACUAUAAUAAAGCAGCAAAUCAUGGGACUAGAAAUGCCAGCUGUUGAAAUGCUGAAGAGAAUAACAGAACUAGUGCGUCAAGCAUUUACAGAGGUUGCUAAAGAUCAUUUUGUAGACUUUCACAAUAUUUACAGAGCUGCUAAGAAUAGAAUUGAGGAUAUUAAAGAGAAACAACUAGAAACGACGGAGGUUACAAUCCGAAACCAGUUUGAGAUGGAGCAGAUGUUAUACUGUCAAGACAAUGUCUACAGUGAAGACUUAAACACUGUAAGGGAACAACAAAAAAACCCACAUCAAAAAGAUUCUACACAUGUCCCCACGGUCUUCAAUUUUGGAACCUUUCCUGUUCAAGAAGAUGCUUCAAUCACAGCAAUGGCUUAUCAUUUGCAGGCAUACUUCAGUAGUGCAGGCAACCGUCUCUCGUGCCAGAUCCCUCUGAUUAUCCAGUUCUUCAUGCUUAAAAAAUAUGGAGAUCAUUUACAAAAUGAAAUGCUGCAACUGUUACAAGAAAAGGAAGAGCUGAGUGUUUUACUUCAAGAGCGCAAAGAUGCUGCUGAAAAGAGAGUGUUCCUCAGUGAGCGGAUUAAUCGCUUGACUCAAGCUCGGCACCACUUGGCAACAUUUCCUGGCUAAAAAGGCGAUGCAUCACAGAGCACAAUGUUUGAAAUGUUAGCUAAGCAGGUUACAGUUACUUGAGAAAGAAAACAUACUUAUUGUGAUUUGCAGUGACUAGUCAGACAUUUAAUCUAUGCAGUGACUUGCUUUGUGAGUGUACAUUUUACACAUUACAGCUCUGUCCACCAUGUGCUGUUUUGUCCUUUUUAUAAUGAUAGCCUGUGCAAUCUUUCCUGGCCAAACUACUGAGUUUUACAGCAUACUCCUCCUGGCAGAAAGAAACCUUCUACCACCUACAAGGUUGCCGAAUUUUGUGCAACUGCUGUUGAGAUCUAUCCUUUCUUGAUGUUGUUACAUAAGGCCUCUAUGUUGAUGUACACUAUAUGAUAUACUUGUCUAAAUGCAGUAUCAUCUGUUUCUGUAUAUAACUGAUCAAUGAUUGUAAUAAAGUAUUUUAUUCACAUUA